UCUCUUCUCUCUCUCUAAACUGUUUCGACUUUUUAACGCUAACCAAGACUUUUGUGUAAAGCUCCAUCAUUGAAUAAAGAGUUCAAAAGCUAAUAUAUUCUAAAUUCACAGCUUCCAGAUUAAAGAAAUAAUUUGGGGUAUGUAGGCAAAGGAAGAAUUAGCACUGAGGUCAUUCAUUUAGCAUGGAGGCCUGCAAUUGUAUUGAGCCACAAUGGCCAGCUGAUGAAUUGUUGAUGAAGUAUCAGUAUAUCUCGGAUUUCUUCAUUGCGUUGGCUUAUUUUUCUAUCCCAUUGGAGUUGAUCUACUUUGUCAAAAAAUCUGCAGUAUUUCCAUAUAGAUGGGUUUUGGUGCAGUUUGGGGCAUUUAUUGUUCUUUGUGGAGCAACACACCUGAUCAAUUUAUGGACGUUCACCAUGCACUCAAGAACAGUGGCAGUUGUCAUGACCACUGCAAAAAUUAUGACUGCUGUUGUGUCGUGUGCUACUGCCCUUAUGCUAGUACAUAUCAUCCCCGAUUUAUUGAGUGUCAAAACAAGGGAGCUAUUUUUGAAAAAUAAGGCUGCUGAGCUAGAUCGAGAAAUGGGCUUGAUCCGUACGCAGGAAGAAACUGGUAGACAUGUUAGAAUGCUAACUCAUGAAAUCAGAAGCACUCUUGACAGACAUACCAUACUGAAAACCACACUUGUUGAACUGGGAAGAACAUUGUCCUUGGAAGAAUGUGCGUUAUGGAUGCCAACGCGUACAGGACUAGAGCUUCAACUUUCUUACACUCUACAUCACCAAAACCCAGUUGGAUUUACCGUACCUAUAAACCUUCCAAUGAUCAACCAAGUGUUCAGUACAAAUCGUGCGGUAAAAAUCUCACCAAGUUCUCCUGUGGCCAGACUUCGACCUUCUGGAAAGUACAUGCCUGGAGAAGUGGUUGCUGUGCGUGUCCCACUCCUGCACCUUUCUAAUUUCCAGAUUAAUGCUUGGCCUGAACUUUCGACAAAACGCUAUGCUUUGAUGGUUUUGAUGCUUCCUUCGGAUAGUGCAAGGCAAUGGCAUGUCCAUGAAUUGGAGCUUGUUGAAGUGGUGGCAGAUCAGGUGGCUGUUGCUCUUUCACAUGCUGCAAUUCUGGAAGAAUCUAUGAGGGCAAGGGAUCUUCUUAUGCAGCAGAAUGUUGCUCUUGAUCUCGCUAGAAGAGAAGCAGAGACGGCUGUUCGUGCUCGUAAUGAUUUCUUAGCUGUUAUGAAUCAUGAAAUGAGAACUCCCAUGCAUGCCAUCAUUGCACUUUCAUCUUUAUUACAAGAAACUGAGCUGACGCCCGAGCAACGUCUGAUGGUUGAAACAAUACUCAAGAGCAGUAACCUUUUGGCUGCACUUAUCAAUGAUGUAUUAGAUCUUUCAAAGCUUGAAGAUGGUAGCCUUCAACUUGAUAUGGGACCUUUUAACCUCCAUGCACUCUUUAGGGAGGUCCUUAACUUGAUAAAGCCUAUAGCAUUUGUGAAGAAGUUGUCCAUUACAUUGAGCUUGUCUUCAGAUUUGCCAGAGUACGCCAUUGGUGAUGAGAAGCGGCUAAUGCAAGUUCUUUUAAAUGUAGUUGGGAAUGCUGUGAAGUUCUCCAAAGAGGGCAGCAUCUCCAUAUCUGCUUUUGUUGCAAAAUCGGAGUAUCUUAGAGAUCCUCGAGUCCCUGAUUUUUUCCCUGUACUAAGCGAUAACCAAUUCUAUUUACGUGUACAGGUAAAAGAUACAGGAUUAGGAAUUAACCCCCAAGAUAUUCCUAAGCUAUUCACAAAAUUUGCUCAAAGUCAACCUCUGGCUGCCAAAAACUCUAGCGGUAGUGGGCUUGGUCUCGCAAUUUGUAAGCGGUUUGUAAAUCUCAUGGAAGGACAAAUUUGGAUUGAAAGUGAAGGUCUAGGCAAGGGAUCUACCGCUAUCUUUAUCGUGAAACUUGGAUUUCCAGGACACUCGAAUGAGUCAAGGCUCCCGUUUGUGCCCAAAGUUCCUGGAAAUCACGUGCUUACAAACUUUUCAGGGCUUAAAGUUGUUGUGAUGGAUGAUAAUAGCGUUGGCCUGAUGGUAACCAAGGGCCUCCUUAUGCACCUAGGAUGUGACGUAGUGGCUGUCGGUUCGGCAGAUGAGUGCGUGAGAGUCGCUACCGCUGAGCACAAGGUGGUUUUCCUUGAUGCUAGCCUGCCAGGUUCGGACGCCUACGAAGUUGCUGUACGUUUGCACGAGAAAUUUGCGAAACGACUCGAUAGGCCUUUCAUUGUAGCACUCACGGGGAAUACUGAUAGGAUGGUAAAAGAGAAUUGCUCGAGAGUUGGAAUGGAUGGAGUCAUUUUGAAACCUAUAUCGGUCGAUAAAAUGAGAAGUGUUUUAUCAGAGCUCAUAGAGCAUGGAUUUCUGGUUGAAUCACAAUAAGCAGAAAGGCUAGUACUGAGUACCUAUAUUUGAAAGUGAAUAACUGUGAGAAUGCAGAAACCGGGUGAUAACUUAUUCUUCAACAUGGAGUUCACUAUACAACAUUAUGGCAUUGCAGUGUAUAUCCCGAGCCGUGCAGUGGUUUGAAUUAUUGAAUAUGUCGACUUUUUUUCAUGUGUAUCUGUGAUUUCAGAAUGACGAUCACAAGAAAUGAUGAUGAUAUCAUUUGAAACUCUGUAAAAACCUGAAGAGAUGACUUGUUUUCUUAGGUAUAAGUUAUUACUUAUUAGGAUGCUCUGAAUUGAGUUGAAGUUUGUUUCAGUUGUAGAUUUUGUGCCUGAACUGAAAUUGAGUGGUGUUUCCUAAUCAUUUUCUCAACAAGAGUUUGAUUAUGAUAGAGGAAUCUGUUUGAAUCGUACUCUGCUAAUGUGACUCCAUUCUUCCUAUAUUUUUGGUUUUAAGAUCUUGAAAUUUGUAA